CCGCAGCUGUGGAUCAUGAAAGCUCUAGAAACGUCCACUACGCUCCUCCUACGUCAGCGCGGACAUUCUCAUCCGCAGAUACGCAAGAAGAUCCGAAGUCAAUCCAGGGUCCACGGGCUACAGGCGUUUGUAUUGCAUUGCUUGUUUGUGGGCUGUACUUUCCUGUUUUUGCGACCAUUAUCAUUCUUUUCUCAAGACUUCUUUUACUGCGAAAACAAGCUCCCAUUACGCAGAGACAUGCAUCCGGCAACUGCCAAGUGGUACGACAGGAGGGACUCUGUUUUUAUCGAGUUCUGUGUAGCAGACAGCAAAGACGUUAAGAUCAAUUUUGAUAAAGCAAAGUGUGGUUUCAGCUGUCUUGGGGGAACUGACAACGUCAAACAUGAGAAUGAAAUAGACCUUUUUGAAGCCAUUGAUGAAAAUGAAUCCAAACAUAAACGCACAGAUCGCUCAGUGUUGCUCUAUUUACGAAAAGCCCAGCCAGGGAAGGCAUGGCCGAGACUAACCAAAGAGAAGGCUAAGAUGAGUUGGCUCAGCGUUGACUUCAACAACUGGAAAGACUGGGAGGACGACUCAGAUGAGGAGAUGGGCAACUUUGAUCAAUUCUCAGAUAUGAUGAACAACAUGGGAGGUGAAGAAGACCUGCCUGGACUAGAUGGUGCAGAUGAUGAGGAUUCUGCAGAUAGCGAUGAUGAGAAAAUGCCAGAUUUGGAAUAGAAGACUUUAGACUCUGGGGAGAAAAUGGAGGAACGAAGGGCAAGGAGAAUCAUAACAAAUGUAUAUCUUGAAAAAUCAAAGGCAGUGACAAAGUGUACAUAUGAGUCAGUAGCCAUAUUUAAAUCCAUAGCCUCAGCUCCAAACUCUUGACCGAUCAGUCCACUGAAGGUUGAUAUGCAUGGUAUUGUACAGAGCAGCUAUCUCCACUUCCAUUUGCUGUACUGCACCUUUUUGGGUAUCUUGUUUAACUGUUAAAUAUUCAAGUAAGCACACAUUAUUUGUUGGAAAAGCUGUAUAGUAGUCCUCAAAUGAGCAAUACGUGUUAAGAGAAAUUGUUUUCUAAUGGAUUGUGGUACAAUAUGAUUAGGUCCACUUCAUUCCCAAUGUUGUAUUAAGUUAGACGAUGGGUGUAGAUUUAUUCCAUGAUUGAUAACGACACUCUACAUGUACUUCAGGAGAUUUAGAUGCAUUUAAUGAUUGGGUUCCUCUAAAGCCUUCCAUGUGUCGUGAAUUAGAUAUCCAGGAAGCCGGUUAAUGUUUCUCGUGGCUAAGCCUUCCAGCUUACAUGUUUCCCUCCACUUCUCGUUAAAUAUUUGUUCAAUUGGAUCACUCUGAAAUUGUUGCUGAGUUAUUUGCAUUUUCUGGGUUAUCUGCCUAUUUUGUAAUCGCAGUUAAUUCUGCUCAUUUCAAAUUUUUAAAGUUCUUCUCUCCGUACCCUCCUAACAUGCACACUCAUGUUAGGCUGCAGAAACAAGGUGAAAUGUCUCGCGUCACUUAAUGAGGUUUGAAGCUUGGUUGGACCUCAGCAUCAUGUGGUUUGUUGCUAUUCUCCAGGUUCUUUCCUUUUCAUUUAUUCAUCCAGAAUUAUUCUCCCUUCUAUGACGAGGGAGUGUCAGGACGUAAGGCGACGUGUAAUGACCAAAUUCUAUUUGCACUGUCAAUAAAAUGUAAGGGGAGACAAAUGGUGUUGAAUUACAGUGAAAAUUCUUUUUUUUAUUGUCUACAUCUUUCUAAUAAACUGUUCAAGAAUCA